AUGAAAGUUAUCGUCGAUACAGUAAACCUCCUUAAUAAGUCGGUUUUCAAAGAAAUCCAGAAAAAGAAUCCAAACGUCCGGGUACAAUCCUCACAAAAGAAAGUCUUUCCGCACGGAACAAAUACCCCUCUGGAACUAAUCGAUGAAUUCGAAGCCCAAAUCACAGCAAUUUCAGGUACAGCAACAGGUACAUUUCUCGUCACAAAUACGAACAGUACGUGUCUGAUUUGCUACCAAACAUCAAACGGUUUUGGAUUACUCAAACUGAAAGUUUUGUUCUGUCUCUGUCGAUCAUCCUGAUCCAGAUGUAUCAGCAGUAUUAAAUAAGCACAAAAAUGUAUUUGACGGAAUGGAUAAUCACAAAGACAAAAAAGUUAAAUUGCCAAUCGAUCCCGAUGUCCAGCCAGUCGCUCAAAAAGCAAGGCGUAUUCCAUACAGUAUGAAAGAUCAAGUAAGUAGAAAGCUUCGCGAAAUGGAAGAACAGUGUAUAAUAGAGAAAGCAGAAUGAGCAACACCGUGGCUCUCACCGCUGAUUGCGAUACCCAAGAAAACAGGAGAUGUUCGCUUGGUCCUUGACAUGCGAAUCCCAAAUCAAACACUGGUUCGCAGCAGCGUCCAGAUGCCUACAGUUGAUGACAUCCUGCACAAAAUAGAAGUACCAGAAUUUUUUACGGAAGUUGACCUCUCGCAAGGUUUUCUGCAGAUCACCUUGGCAGAAGAAUCUCGCCAUAUCACCGCUUUCCCGAGGCCAGAUGAUGGUCCACACAGGUUUAAGCGAUUGAAAAUGGGCGCCUGUCCAUCUGGAUAAUAUUUCCAUGAAGCAAUCAACCAUAUCAUCAAAGAGAAUCCCAAUUGCCCGAAUAUAUCCGACAACAUAUGGUUAUCGAAGAAUAAGAAAGAGCACCUCAGACAGCUAGACCAGCUUCUUGAAACAUUCGAAGAAAACAGAGUCACUCUGAUGUUUGCGAAGUGUUCAUUCCCGGUGCAACAAAUCAGUGUGUUUGGUCACAUAGUCUCGAAGAAGGGAAUACAACCUGACAAAAUGAAGGUCGAAGCGGUAGUCAACGCCCCAAAACCUAAGUCAGCAGCAAAAGUACGAAUUUUCUUAGGAUUUGCGAAUUAUUGUUCAAGAUAUAUCCCAGAUUACAGUUCGGUAACCUACCCUCUACGCCAACUAACGAAAGAAAAUGUGUGUUUCCACUGGGAUAAAGCACAGGAUGUAAGUUUUCAGAAGUUGAAAGAAGCACUCUCGAGUGCACCAGUUUUAAUCUACUACAACCUCUCAUAUCGUACGCGAUUGGUGGUAGAUGCAUCACCAUGGGCACUCGGAGCCGUUUUAUAA